AUGGCGUCCGCGGUACCGUACUCCGGGAAGGCUCUGGCCGCUUCUCUGCCGCUGCUACCCAGAGCAAUUGAACCCCUUCCUCCCUUCCAGCCUGAUCUGUAUCAACGAGGCUGGUCGUCUACCCCCCACCCCACCCUACCAUUUCUGGCCACAGCCCACAACAAGUCUGUGACCAUCUUUUCGCUCGUCGAUUUCACUUCACACAGCUCCUUGACCGGCGGGCACAGCCGCUCCGUCCGCUCUGUCACGUGGAGGCCAGACUUGCCUUCUCACAAACUCUGUCUCGUCUCCGGGAGCUUCGAUUCGACUGCCGGCUUGUGGCGAUGGGAGCAGGAAACGCCCUUGGUCGGCAGCGGCUCCGGUCCGGACGGAGGUGUCUCGGAGGUGGAGAUUCGCGCUGGUGAGAAGAGUGACGGGGAAACCGACGAGGGUUGGGAGUUUACGCUUGUGCUCGAGGGCCAGGAGCACGAGAUCAAGAGUGUCGCCUUUUCGCCAUCCGGUCAGUAUCUGGCUACAUGCAGUCGCGACAAGUCCGUCUGGAUCUGGGAGGACGUUGGCGGCGAUGACGAGGACGAGUGGGAGACCGUUGCUGUGCUAAACGAGCACGACGGCGACGUCAAGUGUGUGGCCUGGUGUCCCGACGUUCCAGGCCGGCGCAGCGGCAGCGGCAGCCAUUACGGCCUCGACGUGCUGGCCAGCACCAGCUACGACAACACCGUCCGGAUAUGGCGCGAAGACGGCGAUGGCGAGUGGGUAUGUGUGGCCGUGCUAGAGGGCCACGAGGGAACAGUAUGGGGCGUGCAGUGGGAGGCUGAUCCCCGGCGGGAACGCUUCCCUCGUCUCCUGACCUGGUCGGCCGACCAGACCCUGCGGAUCUGGACGCUGCGAGAAGACGAUGUCGCGGAUGCAGGGGCUACCGGGUCCUCAGAGGGCAGUCACGGCAUCCACCAGUUCCACAACAGCCUGGGCGGAGUUCCCAACACCAUGCGCUGUUCGCUGCACGAAGAAUGGUCGUGCACUGCCGUUCUGCCCCGGGCACAUUCGCGCGACAUCUACUCGGCCGCGUGGAGUGGUGCCACGGGCCUGGUGGCCAGCACUGGCAGCGACGGUGUCGUCGUUUUGUAUGCGGAACAGGACCGGACGGACGGGUCAGACAAGCCGGUCGUGACCGAGGACGAGGCGGCAGAAGAACUCGAUGGCGACAUCCCCAUGCCCAGAGGACAUGGCCACAACGCUACGUCGGGUACGGCGAAGCAGUGGCGUGUCUUGGCCAGCGUCACAAAUGCCCACGGGCCCUACGAGAUAAACAACAUCACUUGGUGCCGCCGUUAUGAUGCGGGCGCAAAGCUAGGCGGCCUGGAAGAGAUGUUGGUCACCACCGGUGACGACGGCGUGGUCAGGCCGUGGCAGAUCGUCACAUGA